UAUGAAUGAUUUAACAAAUGGAAAAGAAUUAUUGAAUCGUCAAACUACUGAUGAAAAAAAGUCAGCUUAUUCUGAAAUAGCAAAAAUCGUUGUCGAUGCAGCCGUUGAUGAAUGUUCGAAACAACAAAAUGAAGAUAAUCAUUCAGUGGAGAGAAUUGAUGAUAAAAAUUUAGAAAAAGAAGAAAAAGAAGUGAAAGAGAAUGAAAAGAGUCCAAGCAUUUCGGAAAGUUCGUUAACAUUGGCUUUUAAAGAACACGAUAUAAACUUGACAAAAUCACAAAAGGAAAGUAAACGAGUUGAAAUUUUAGAGAAAAGUAAGCACGUUUUCAACUUAUUAACUUCAAGUGAAACUAGAGAAAAUGAAGCUGCAAUUAAGAAAUAUUCAAAUAAAAUUGAAGAAGGAACAUUAUCUUGGGCGGAAGCUUAUCAGAAAAUAUGUAGAACUAUGAAUAUUCCCUGUCUUAUCAUUGAUGGUUAUUUGAGGAAUAAUAAAUUCAAAAUUGGAGAGGAUACUGAAGACAAUAUAAAGAACUUUAAACAUCAAUGGAAUAUUGUAAAAUUAGAUAGAAGGGAUUAUUGUCUGGUGGAUAGUCAACUGGGAGCGCAAGAAGAACCUAAAAUAAAGCUGGAGGAAGAUUCUGAAAGUGGUAGAGGAUCUCCGACUCCUGCCUUAGACGUUUUGGCUCACGUCGCCAGUGUUACGCUACACCAGGAUGGUGUCGGGGGAAAGUGCAUAAGUCGCCGUCAAGCUGGAUCCUUAGAAACUUUGACAUUUGAACAGUUGAAACGAGUUUCCGAGAAGAGUCUUGUUGCUUUAUUCACCGAAACAACAGCCAAUGAACUUUCGAAGCAAUACUGGUCUCAUUGCAGACUGCUUCCUGAUUGUAAUGUGUCUUAUAACAGCUUUGGUGGAGAUGCCAAGGCUAAAUCCCUUGUAAAACAACAUUUACUUGAACAUAUUGUAAAUUUAAGCAAGAAUCCCGAGGCAGCUAACAUGACCUUUGAGCCCAUAGCCGUCCGUAAACGUCGUGAAUCUGAAACCAGAAAGUGUCGUAAGCAAAAACCUAAGUCUCCUCGAGCAAAGGUAAAGUUCGAAGAGGAAGAUCAUGGCUGCGAAAUCAUUGAAGACGACAUUGAUAUGGAUAUUACAUGUCACGAUCACAGUUAUACAGUAAUUAACAAUUCUGUGAGGAAUAUACCGGAUGUUCAGCAAACUGUAGAAAUAUACGAUACCGAAGCCCCUCAAGACGGACCGGAAGUUACAGUUGAUUCAAUGGAGUCUAAUUCCAUACAAUAUGUCACUGUUGAGCAACAAGAUAACGCUAAUGUUGUUCAUGUGGUUGUUGAGCAGGAACAAACAAAACGAGAAAUUUAUCCUCCUAUGCCGAAAUAUGAAGUUGGAAGGAGUAGAACUAUUGUGGAAAUUGAUGACGAAGAUAUCGAUAAUUUAGAUGAUGUUUUGGAAGGUUCAGAAGAAUGGACUCGGAGAAUGGCAUUGCGAUGUAUGAGGGAUUUAAGGAAUAAAAAGGAUACCGAUUUUGUUUGUCGAAUAUGCAAACCGGAGAAGAGAUUUACUGCAUCGGCAACUCUGCUUUAUCACUACAGAUCCCAUGCUAAAAUAAAACCAUUUAUCUGUUUAAUUUGCAAUUCAGCUUUCACUAGACAACACUCGCUUAAUUAUCAUAUGCUCAUUCACAAUAACCAAAGUCGAUUCACAUGUCAAGAAUGUGGAAGAAAAUUCAGGCACCCCAGCCACUUCAGAGAACAUAAGCGACGACAUACCGGGGAGACCCCAUUUGAAUGCGAGGAUUGUGGUAGUAAGUUUAAAACUCGAAAUACCUUUAAACGCCACUUGAAAACUCGUCAUUCGAAAAUUUUAACUCCUCAUGGGGUAAUUGGUUCUUCAAAUGAGGUAGAAAACUACGAAGUUGAAGAUGGAAUAGCUGUUUUGACCACAUCAAAUUGUUAG